AUGAAGGAACAGAGCCAAGAAAUUGCCAUAAUUGGCUCAGCGUGUCGUCUUCCAGGCGGCGCUACGUCGCCAUCAAAAUUAUGGCAACAGCUCAUCCAGCCACAAGACCUAUUACGGCCAGUACCACACGACAGGUUCGCAUUGUCGGCAUACCACAAUAACGAUGGAACGAAACCAGGCGCCACCAAUGUUAUUAAUAAAGCAUACCUCCUUGAGGAAGAUCCCGCGGAGUUCGAUGCAUCUUUUUUCUCCAUUUCUCCCGCCGAAGCUGAGGGCAUGGAUCCCCAACAACGCCAACUGCUCGAAGUAACGUACGAAGCUCUGGAGUCCGCCGGCUAUGGUUUGGGCAAAGUCAGCGGCUCUUCAACGGGGGUCUACGUCGGCUCGUCCGGCGCCGACUAUCGUGACAUCCAAAACCGGGAUCUGGACACACUCGGCCGAUGGCACGCCACGGGAACUGCUUCUUCGAUCCUUGCCAAUCGAAUAUCUCAUUUCUACGGUCUCUGUGGGCCCUCUCUUACAAUCGACACAGCCUGCUCGAGCUCUCUGGUUGGAUUACAUCUAGCGGUGCAGGCGAUCCGGAAUGGCGACUGCGAACAAGCGAUGGUCGCUGGUUCAAAUUUGAUCCUGGACCCCACGCCAUACGUUUCCGGCUCCAAAUUGAAACUCUUCUCUCCAGAUGCGCAGUGUCGCAUGUGGGAUGAGUCAGGCAAUGGAUAUGGCCGGGGCGAAGGUGUAGCUGUUGUCAUGUUGAAGCCCCUAGUAAAUGCGCUUCGGGACGGCGAUCAUGUCGAGGCUGUGAUUAGGGAGACGGGGGUCAAUCAAGAUGGACAUACUCCGGGGAUCACCAUGCCUAGUGCGGAAGCUCAGAUAAAUCUCAUCAGGCGCGUUUAUUCGAAGGCGGGUCUCGAUCCCCGCGUCACGGUGCCCCAAUUCUUUGAAGCUCACGGAACUGGCACCGCUGCUGGAGAUCCAGUGGAGGCUCGCGCUAUCUAUGAGUCCUUCUUCGGCGAUGAAAAGACCGUUUCAAAUCAGGAUGGCGCUCCGAAGCUUAGUGUGGGUUCUGUCAAAACAGUCAUUGGGCACCUCGAAGGCGCGGCGGGUAUAGCUGGGUUGCUCAAGGCCUCCUUGGCUCUUCAAAAUGCCCACAUCCCGCCAAAUCUACUAUUCAAGAAGCCGAACCCAGCUUUAACACCCUACCUCCAUGCACUGGAGGUUCCCGUUACCGCAAAACAGUGGCCUGCGGUCGAAGAAGGCAUACCACGCCUGGCCAGCGUGAACUCCUUUGGAUUUGGAGGAACAAACGCACACUGUCUCCUCGAAAGCUUUCCACAACAUGACUCGCAUCCCGGAGAAGAUAGAAGACCGGAACGGCAAGAGUCGGAAGAGACGUGUAUCGGCCCCGUCGUGCUUUCGGCACAAUCAGGGCGCUCGCUACUUUCCGCAGUGAAAGCGCUCGCAAGCUAUCUCGAAUCGAACCCUGGAGCUUGUCUGAGGGACUUGUCGUACACUCUUGGCAGGAGACGUAGCAAGCUGGGUGUGAGGACUUUCUUUGUGGCCAACUCCAGACGAGAAUUGAUCAGCCAGCUUCGACAUGAUGCUGAGAACGUCAAGGAUGCCACAGAUUUCGGAUUCCGCCCGCCUGCCCGACUCACGGGAAGCCCUCACGGAUUUCUCGGAAUCUUCACUGGCCAGGGAGCGCAAUGGGCUACCAUGGGUCGGGAGUUAUAUCAGCGAUGCGCUCAGUUCAGAGAGUCGAUUGAGAGUUGCCAGGCUGCUCUGGACGCACUUCCAGACGGGCCGCAAUGGUCAAUAGCCGAGGAGAUGCUCAAGACGAAGCAGACUUCCCGCCUCUCGGAGGCAGCGAUUAGCCAGCCUCUCUGCACGGCACUGCAAAUCGCUCUUGUGGAUCUGAUAAAGCUGACAGGGCUGAGGUUUGACGCCGUGGUCGGGCAUUCCUCUGGUGAAAUCGCAGCAUGCUACUACAUGGGUCUGAUUUCGGCAAGCGAAGCGGUGUGCAUCGCGUACUAUCGCGGCGUCCAUUCAAGUCUUGCUGGAGGGUCAAACGGUCAGAAAGGGGCCAUGAUGGCGGCCUCGAUGACCCACCACGAGUCGAGCGAGUUUUGCGCACGACCUGACUUCCAAGGCAGAAUCCAGGUUGCAGCACAAAAUGCUCCAUCGUCAGUAACGCUAUCAGGAGAUGCCGAUGCAAUCUCCAAAGCGCAAGAAGAGCUAGCGGGUGCGGGUAUCUUUGCUCGCGUCCUGAAAGUCGACACAGCCUACCAUUCGGAUCACAUGUUGCCCUGCGCAGCGCCGUACCUAGAAUCACUGAAACGUCUGAACAUCCAAGUCCGGCAGCCCAGGAGUGAUUGUAUCUGGGUAUCAAGCGUGCGUCCACACUCUUUCAGUUCCUCGUCACCUCUUGACUUGGCGGAAUUGAGCUCUCAAUACUGGCUUGACAACAUGGUUCAGCCUGUGCUUUUCGCACCGGCCAUCGAGAAGGUAUUACGACAACAUGGCAGUGGGUUUGAGAUGGGGGUGGAAAUCGGCCCUCAUCCAGCGCUUGCAGCCCCUGCGAAGGACACCAUCAUGGAGUUCAAUGGGACGGCCCCGCUCUACACUGGAAUCCUCGAGCGUGGUAUGGAUGAUGUGCAUGCGAGUUCUACCGCCAUUGCACUGAUCUGGCAGCAAGUGACUGACGACGACAUCGACGUCGCAGCGUAUGCGGAAGCUUUCCACGCACGAGGAGACUCUCCGGCCAAGCUGUUGAAAGGACUACCGAGCUACGAGUGGGACCACAAGCCAUGCUGGCGUGAGUCGCGGGUAUCUCGCACAGUACGUCGGCGAGAGAAUGCUACUCAUCCUCUGCUGGGCAGCCGGCUUCCCGGGGAUGUACGAGACGAAUUCCGUUGGAGGAACAUCCUUCGCCUGGUCGACGUGCCCUACCUCUCCGGACAUAAGUUCCAGGGCCAGACCAUGCUGCCCUUGGCUGCGCAGGUGUCCAUGAUCUCCGAUGCUUGCGGCAUAGCCUUUCCGCAGAGUUCUGUGGAAUCGAUUGACAUAUUGAACCUCGAGACCCCUCGAGGUAUCAGUAUUGAGGCAGAAGGUCCUGGGACGGAGCUGCUGAGUACUCUUCGUGUCGUUGAUCGCAACACCAGCACGAAGGGGACGACCUCGAUUUCGGCCGAGUGGUCAUGCCAUGUGUCCUACGACUCAGAGCUCGGCAUACCGGAGCCGGUGUGUACAUGCCAGAUCCAGUUUUCUUUCGGCAGCGAACUGGCCACGAGCCUCCCACGCCGAGAAUCGGAUCCUCCCAUCACUACGCCAAUAUCGAGCGCAAAGAUAUACGAGUCCUUCAAUCACGACGGAGUGCAAUAUUCAGGGCUAUUUAAUCGCUUAAGUAGCGUCGGUCAAGCCUUGGAGUUCGCAUCAGCCUCUGCCUCCUGGACUUACGAUGAGCUGGAGAAUCAUAAGCUACAUCCUGCGGUGCUUGAUGUUGGCUUCCAACUCCUCAUUCCUGCAACCUUCAGUCAACACGGCGAAGAUGCGUGCGGCCCGUAUCUACCAAAACGCGUUGGACGCAUCUCUAUUCGGCGAGACUUUGCAUCGCCGGGUACGGGAGAGGAUUUGUCCUUGGCAAUCGACGCUUUCUCUGGUGUCGGAGAGUCUUCUCACGUACUGGGCGACAUUGCAUUCUACAGUGCAUCUGGCGAAUGCGCCGUCCAGGUCGAAUCCAUGGAAUUGGUACCAUUCACCAGCCCUGACGCUUCCAACGAUCGCAGGAUUUUCACCAAGGAUGUAUGGAUUGAGGACACAUUCGGCUUGUCACUUGAAACAUGCGGUCAGGAUCUUGAGAAUGACACAGGCCAUCUUGCUGAACUUGUCGAUCGCUUCUGCUUGUAUUAUUCUCGUCAAGCAUUAGACAGCAUAUCUGAAGCGGCGACUCUUUCGAGUCCGCUGCUGCGGCUGUUGCGCGAGGAAAUCACAGCCGUCGUGGAAGUGGUCAAGUCGGGAAAUCACACCUCCUUAGCCGCAGAGUACGCAGAAGACUCGUUUGAAUCUUUGAUGGACGAAUAUUUGCGCUACCAGGACCACAAGACCUUGCAAAGGGUGCAUGGUUUGGGCCAGAACCUUGUCAAGACCAUGCAAGGAACGACCAGUAGCCCGCAGCUGCAAAGCGCACGUCAAGACGAGCCUUGGAAUGCCGAGCUUGGGAAUGCCAUUGCCCGUUUCGGACAUGGAAUUACUCAGAAGCAUCCAAACAUGAAUAUCCUGGAGAUUGGCGAGGGAGACUCCGGGAUGACAGCCCACAUCCUCAAGUCCAUUGGGACUGCGUACGUCUCCUAUACUUGCGCCAGUCCGGUUUCUACAUCAUCGCAGAGCUUUCCAUCUGAAGUUUUGGAGAAAGUGGAAUUCAAGCCUAUGGACAUCUUGCAGGAGCCUGAGCGUCAAGGAUUCGAGCGCCAUAAAUACGACCUCCUGAUCAGCUCAGCUCCCAUUCACGGUGAUGCAGCUUUUCAAAGGGCUCUCUCGAACAUGAGGACCCUACUACGGCCCGGAGGCUACCUCCUCUUGGUAGCGAAGACGGGUACCAAUCUUCUCACCACUCUGACGCUCGGCACGAGUGCCAUGUCCGGGUCGGAGGAUAUUGAAGAGAGCAUCACUCUCGCCGGGAAAUCGCCCCGUGAAUUGGACUCUCUGCUCGUUGCCUGCGAAUUUUCUGGUCUGGAGCAUAUAGUUCAAGACUCCCCGCACCCGUCCACAAACACGUAUUCCCUGAUCGCCAGCCACGCGGCCAGCCAUAUGUUCAACCUAGUGCACAACCCUCGUCCUUCGAUGGCACGAAUCAUCGACGAGCGAGCCCGGAUCUUGUUGAUAGGUGGACGGAGUCUCGCGACUGCCAAACUGGUCCGUGAUGUACGAAAGGUGCUGUCGGAGGUGACUCCACAUAUCUUCUUCGUAGACAGCAUCGAGAAGCUGGAAGUGCUUCCCCUCGAGGGCAGUUUCGAUUGUCUGUGUUUCCAUGACCUCGACCAGCCCCUGUUUGCCGGACGUCGCAAUGCAAAGACCCUGGAGUGCCUACAAGAGCUUUACGGCAAUGUCCGGAAUUUACUGUGGUACACAUCUGGCAGAAUCCAUAAACCAGAAGCAUCGAUGUCUAUUGGCAUUGGUCGCUCUCUCUGUGGCGAGGCGCCGUGGCUCAAUGCGCAAUUCAUAGACGUCCCGAGCGCCACAAAGACAACGGCAGACUCCGUGGUGGAGGCAUACUGCCGCCUUGCUCUCGCACCGACGAUAGCGAAUUCGAACGAGAAUCUGCUGUGGAGCCUCGAGCCUGAGCUCGUGAUACAGGGCGACAGAACCUUGAUAUCGCGAGUGGUGGAAAAUCGGAGCAUCAACGACCGAUUCAACGCCACCCGAAGGCCAAUACUUCGUGAAGGAGCGUAUCCCGAAACCGAAGUCUGUUUGGGACAAGACUCUCAGGGCCGAGUACAGCUGGCUCAGGACAUAACCGUCCAAACAAGCGCUCUCGACGCGGGACUGUGCUGCAUCAGAGUCAAGUACUCCGCUGCUUUGGUCGCUGCCGAUGCUGCCAAAACUGCUCUAUGCUUUGGUUAUCGAGCAGAAGCCGAGACACCAGUCUUUGCCAUUGCGAAGCAAGCCGGAUCACUUGUCGUCACGCCUGAGGUCGCCACUUUGCUCUGCGAGAACCAGACCAUUGAUCCAGUCCGCGACCUGUCAUCAAUGGCGUUGUACAUCCAGGCAGCCAUCUGCGCAAGCCGUGCCGCACAGGAAGGCUGCACUUUACUUUUCGGCGUACGUGAAGAUCUCGCUGAAGUGGUCCGAACAAGUCCGCUCUGGAAGGACAGAUCCGUCGUCAUUGCGGUGAUCGACAGUGAAGACAGGCAGUGCGCAGAUGGCGUAAUUUUCCUCCAUCCCAUGUCGACACCACGUGCCAUCAAAAGAAAAUUGUCGCAGCAAGUUGACAUGGCAUUGGACUGUUCCUCGAUUGGCAACGAUCAGCUAUGGAGCCGGGUACUCUCAACUCUGCAAUGUCGCCAUGAGAAGUUGACGGAAGCAGACUUCUUCGCAGAACCAUCGCUGUCAUCUCUGCAGGUAUGGCUUCAGGAGGCACAUGUGGCAGCCCGUCAGCUGUUAAACUCGCAGCCUGAGGCCCGGGGCUUAGACGUUCUACCCAUCCAGGAGAUAGGCCAGGAGGGUUCAUCCUCACAGAUAUCUUCGGCCAUAGUGGCCUGGCAGGAAACGGAGCCUUUCACAUAUCGCGUAGCAGGCCUGCCGUCCGAAAAGCUCUUCUCCGACAGGAAGACGUACUUCCUGGCAGGCAUGACCGAUUCUCUCGGUCUGUCCAUCUCAGCUUGGAUGAUCCGAUCUGGAGCCAGGCAUCUCGUACUCGCCAGCCGGGAUCCCAAGGUUCCGCCGCAAUGGCUAGAAGAGAUGGCCUCGCUGGGCGCAAACAUCAAGGUCUUGACCGUCGAUAUCUGCCACAAGGCCAUGCUCACCAACGCCGUCAAAGAAAUUCAAGCGCACAUGCCGCCCAUCGCGGGCGUGUGCAAUGGAUCACUGGCCCUCUCGGACGGGCUAUUGGCCGACGCGACCUUUGAGUCCUUCGAUCGAACGCUGAAGGCUAAAGUUGAUGGAUCCAGGAACCUCGAUCAGGUCUUCUCGGAGCCCAGCUUGGACUUCUUUGUGCUAUUUGGCUCCAUAGGAUCGGUGGUGGGGAUUCCCGGUCAGGCGAAUUCCCACGCGGCGAACCUACACAUGUCGAGCCUGGUCGACCACCGACGCAACCGAGGUCUGGCGGCUUCCAUCAUGGACACUGGAAUCGUCACGGAUGUAGGACUCGUGCAGCGAGAGGGAGAAGCCGCAUUAGCCAUGGUCCGACGACAGCAUCUCGAGCCUGUUUCUGAGACCACUUUGCAUCAUUUAUUUGGAGAGGCUGUCCUGGCUAGUCCUAUCGGCUCUGGAGAGGAAUCAAGCAUUCUCGUUGGACCGAAGAGAGUGCCACGCACGCUGGAUCCGGACCAGAGGCCAGUGUGGUAUUCCAAUCCAAGGCUCUCGCAUUUCCUGAUCGAUGAGGUAUCUGAGACAGCAUCGGACAGCCAAGGACCAGCUUCCUUGCUGGAGCAAUUGCAGCUUGCAUCCUCCGAGGAUCAUAUGCUGGCUAUCUUGAUGGAAGCUACCCAAGCAAAGCUCGAAAAUCUUUUAGGAAUGGAGCACGGUACCGUCGCCGCCGGUGGAGCAGGCUCAUUGCUGGAUUUUGGAGUAGAUUCGGGCAUUGCUCUGCAGGCGAGCAACUGGUUUGCCAAAGAGGUCCAAGUCAGAAUGCCCGUCAUGAAGCUGUUGACGACACCCAAUUUGAAGCAACUGUGUCUCGACAUCAUGCGCAAAAUGGAGGUAAAUUUGCCUCGCUCCGCGGAGGAGACUGCCAUUGAAGGCACCGCCAUUUCCGAGAGAACAGGACGUUCCUCUUCUCCCGGCGCCAGCCAUUCUGAUCGCUCCAUUUCGACGACGAGCGAUGAGUUACCAUCCAUUCGAACACCUGCAUUGGCAUCAUCAUCUCGGGAUAGCUCCGUUCACACCAGAGCAUCCACUCCAAUGAGUACACUCACCUCUUUCGACUCUUUGCAUUCUAUCACAGCAACGGGUUCCCCCAAGGGCUCAUCGCUCUCCCCCGGCCAAGCACAGCUCUGGGCAGCUACCGUUCAAUCUGGGAAUGAUACCAAAUUAAACUUUACGCUGCAAUUCGACGUCGAAGGAGCAAUCGACGUCGGCAGACUCCGAUCAGCGCUCGCCUCGCUCAUCGCGCAGCAAGAAAUGUUACGAUGUUCAUUCGUCGAAACCUCUGCUGGAGAACUUCAGCAGCGUGUAUGGCCAGACAAGGACUUGAGCCGCUGCUUCAAGCACCUUCCUCCGGGCGAUCUACGCCGCGCGGAAGAAGAGUAUGAGCGACUUUCUCGGCACUGCUGGCAGCUCAGCGAAGGCGAUACGUUUAUGCUUGUACUGACCAACGGCCCGGCUGACAAGCAUGUCAUCACUCUUGCAGCCCAUCACUUUGUCAUGGACGGCAUGAGCAUCACUAUGUUCUUCGACCUUCUGGCGUUGGCGUAUCAGGGUCAAAAGCUGCCCGCUUUGCAACGGACAUAUACUGCCUACGCGGAAGAAUAUGUUGCUGAGCUUGCAGCACACCGUCUCGAUGACAAACUUGAAUUUUGGAAGACAAAAUUGUCUCCGUCGGUUGCCACUAUGCCUGUGUUUCCAAUGGCCAUCUCUGGCGUACGAAAGCCCCUCGAUGAUGGGAAUACCGGCAUUUUGACUGUGAAGUCUUCGAUUUCUGCCCCAGCGGUUGACAAGAUCAAAGCGAUGGGCCGCAAACUACGCUGCACACCCUUUCACUUCAUGACCACAGCCCUCAUUGUGCUGUGUGCCAAGAUGCUCCAUCUGGAGGACAUCUGUAUUGGUAUUACGGAUGCGGGAAGGCUCGAUGAGCGAGACGGCGAGACGGUGGGACACUUUGCCAACAUUCUGCCACUUCGCACUCGCGUUGAACCUGGGACAUCGAUGGCAGAUCUGGUGCCAAUCGUGCUUCACAAUAUCGCACAAGCAACCGAAAACGCAGGAGUGCCAUUUUCAAGCAUCGUUCGAGCCACGAAGACUCCGCGCUCGGCAACACAUUUCCCCAUCUUCCAGGUGGGGUUGAAUUUUUUCCCACUGGACGCCAGAACGCAAUUCGGCCCGAGCACGAUGCAAUGGCGGACAGGCAACAUGGCACAGAGCCUGACGGAUCUGAGCUGGUGGGUACAUGCCCGAGACGAUGGGUCGUAUGCGAUGCAGGUGGAUGGUCGGAAUGACCUUUACUCAUUGGACGGACUGGAUCUGCUGAUGCAAACCUACAAAGACUUGACGGAGACGUUGUGUACCGAGCCAAAUGUGAAUCUUGAAAGGCUUCGUACAUUCAGCGAUCAGGCCAUCCAGGCUGCAGACGAAGCCGGGCUCGGGCAGACGAGAGACUUUGGCUGGGAGAGGACGCUCCCGGACAGGUUUGAUGCUAUAGCGGAAAGGUACUUUGACCAGCGGGCAGCGGUCGACAGCGCGGGCAGCGUGACAUACGAGGAACUCCGGCAUCGUGUGCACAACAUCGCUGCGGCGCUCCAAGACUCCGGUUUAGCUCCCGGUUCUGCAGUUGCCGUGAUGACAGGACCCUCGGUCAACACACUGGCGAGCAUGCUGGCAAUCAUACGCAUCCGAUGUAUCUAUGUCCCUCUCGACCUGAGCCUGCCUCAAGCAAGACACACAGCCAUGGUCGAGGACUGCAGCGCGCGGGUUCUGCUUUUCGAAGACUCAACAGCCGAGCGAGCGUCUGCGCUCCGGGUGGAUGGAAUGGAGAUCCUAAAUGUUUUUGAGCUGUUGACCACCGGAGGCACGCAAAGAGAGGUUCCCAAUCUCAGUGAGCCCCAUGAGCCUGCGAUCUUGCUGUACACCAGUGGCAGUACCUCGGUCCCGAAAGGAGUUGUGCUGGCGCAGGCGGGCUUUCUCAACUACGUCGCGGCCAAAACAGCAUUCCUCGGUCUCGAACGGGAGGUGGUGUUGCAACAGAGUUCGAUAUCUUUCGACAUGGGGCUGGCGCAAAUGCUGCAUUCAUUCUGCAACGGCGGAACGCUCGUCAUUGUCCCACAGCAUGCACGAGGAGAUCCAGUGGCGACGGCACAAAUCAUGCUGGCGCAUCACGUUACAUUCACCGUAGCCACACCAACGGAAUAUACUGCUUGGCUGAGCACGAGCUCGGAGACGAUUGAUCAAUACGAGCAGUGGCGACAUGUGUGUUACGGCGGCGAAUUCGUAACGGAUCGUCUGAGUGCGCUGUUCCGUCAGCUACAGCGCCAGAAACCAUUGCUGAACAACAGUUACGGACCUACAGAGACGUCUUGUGCGACGACGCUGUGCGUGAUGGGCGAGAAGGAUUCUCCGGCUAUGGCAGGAUACGUUGGCAAGCCGCUCGCCAACUCACGUAUUCGCAUCGUUGAUCAAGAUGGGCAGCCUUUGCCGCUUGGACAUGCAGGCGAGAUCUGUAUUGGCGGACCUGGCCUUGCCGUUCGCUAUGCAAACCCAGACGAUACUCGAAAGCGGUUCAUCAUGCAGGAAGAAGUGUCAUCGUCCUCGCAAUCCAGUGCGCAAGCUCCACGGCGGCUGUACAAGACGGGUGACCGCGGGAAACUGCUUGCGGAUGGGUCGCUGAUCUUGCUCGGGCGCAUGGAGGGUGACACACAAGUCAAGAUGCACGGUCUGCGCAUUGAUGUGACGGAAGUCGAACAUGCCUUGCUCAAUGCCAUCCCCGACUUCCUCGCAGAAGCCAUCGUCACAAUGCGAGGCGCUGCAGAUGAGGCCUUCCUCGUCGCCCACGUGGUCUUGACCGCUGGAAAUACUGCAGGCAAAGGCGAGCUGCAGCUCCUGACGAGACUGCUCAGGUUGCCCAAAUACAUGCUGCCCAGGAGCAUCAUUGCCGUUGCAGGGCUCCCGACUACGGCGAGCGGCAAAAUCGAUCGCCGUGCCAUUGCCCAGCUGCCGCUCGAAGCUCUUGGCUCCAAACGGACAUCUGCCGAGCAGCUCGUCGAGGCCGAAGUCCUUCGGAUAUGGCGUGAAGUGCUUGGGGAGGAGGAGCCCCUGGAUUCCGAGUCGGACUUUUUCUCGGCCGGCGGUGAUUCACUGCUCGUGAUCAAGCUCCAAGCGGGCAUCAAGGCACGCAUGGGCUUGUCCGUUUCACUUGCCGAGUUGUACGCGGCCAGCACGUUGGGCGAGAUGGCGGCGAAAAUGGCGAGCGUGAGACGCACACAGCCCAAGCCUGCGUCCAUUGACUGGGAGGCAGAGGUCCAAGUGCCCACACCGAUGGUGGAGUUGGCGGCGGCGGCGCGCCCAGACGAGCACGCAGCGAGCGCAGCGACGAGAGGCGUGGAAGUCGUGCUCACUGGAGCGACCGAACUCCUGGGUAACGAGAUCCUGCUGGCGCUCCUGAACGACCCGUCGAUUCGCAGGAUCCACUGCGUGGCCGUCGCCGAGGGGGAUCAUGGGCGACUGCCCUCGGAUGCACGCGUCGUGGUCUACCCGGGCAGUCUGCGGCAUCCAACGCUGUCCUUGAGCGACGAAGAGCACGAUUUUCUCCAAGACACCGCGCACGUCAUCAUCCACACAGCCGCAGAAGGGCACUGCCUCAAUAACUAUGCGACGCUGCGCUCCGCCAACCUGCUCUCGACUCGGUAUCUCGCGCAAUUAGCCCUGCCGCGAUGCCUACCCAUUCACUAUGUCUCCGGCACGCGCGUGACGCUCUUGUCGGGCACUGCCGAUUUGCCGCCGUUCUCUGUCGCUGAAUAUCGACCGCCACAGCAUGGACAUGAUGGCUUCACCGCGACCAAAUGGGCGAGCGAGGUUUUCCUGGAAGCGCUGGCACGCCUUUCUCCCGCGCUGUCAGUCACCGUCCACCGCCCGUGCGCACUGACGGGUGAGAAUGCAGCUCCGGACAAUGUGGUGAAUGCCCUCGUGCGGUGCUCGGCCGCCAUCAAGGCAGUCCCGCGUAACGACGAAGCCGAGGGUUAUUUGGACUUCAAAGACGCCCGUAUCGUGGCGCACGACAUGGUGGAGCAGGUCCUGGCUGGCCUCGGCGAUGAUCCUCAGCGUGGCGUGCGUUUCGUCCACCACUCCAGUGGCCACAAGAUUCCCGCACGCGAGCUGGGAAGGCGAAUGGAGAUGAUAUACGGAGGCACAUUCCGCAAGCUCGAGAUGGGCGAAUGGAUCGCUUCAGCCAAGGCUUCGGCCGGUCUGCAUUUCCUCGCCGCCACGUUCUUGGAGGCCAUGAUGGACAAGCAUGUCACGAGUGUGUAUCCCUAUAUGGGCGAGGAGUUGUGA